AUGGGGUUUGUUAGCAAAACAAUCGUAGAAAGAACCCAACCUUCAUCAAGGCAGUCUGUCAAGGAAGGUGAAUACAUGCUUCAAGUGUAUGUUAGACAUGAUAACUUAGCAGGAGUGCUGAUAUCUGAUCAUGAGUAUCCAAACAGAGUUGCACACACACUUAUUACCAAAAUAUUGGACGAGUUUUCCGCAACGGUACCUCCUACUUCAUGGGCAACUGCUAAUGAGAACACAGUAGAUUUCAAUGUUUUGCCUCAGUAUUUGGUUAAAUACCAGAAUCCUAAGGAAGCUGAUGCAUUGACAAAAAUACAAAAUGACUUGGAUGAAACAAAAAUAAUUCUUCAUGAUACUAUAAAGGCAGUUUUAGAAAGAGGUGAAAAAUUAGAUGAUGUUGUUGCUAAAACGGAGAGUCUAUCUGCACAGAGUAAAUUAUUUUAUAAGACAGCUCGAAAGACCAACAGUUGCUGUAAUUUCUGA